UGUCUUGCCGAUCUAAAUUUUCAUUAGAGUCCGGCGGUCGGACCAACUGGGAAAAUCAGAAAUGCCGCAAACCCCAAAUAUUUGCGCAUAGGAGAAACACAGAAAAGCCACCACUAACUCCCGGUAACUGGCCAUAGGCGGGCGGCUGAGACGGUGAACCACCGGCCGGUCUCAGCUGGGUGAAGGAAAUUCUGGGGGAAAUGCGCGACCAGGAGGAUAUUCGUAACCUUCCGAUUGAUAUCGCUUUCACUCGGCUAGGAGAAUGGUUGGUCGAUCGAAAGAGGAUUCCGGCGGAUUGGCGGAAACGGUUGGCAGCUGUGAGAGCAAAAAUAAUGACGGCAUUCGCUUCCAUUCCAAAGGACUUGGAUCCUUACUUUCUUACUCUCGAGGCUGAAGGAAUCGGUUAUUUAGAAGCCAAAGACGUGUAUGAGGUUCUUCAGAAGUCAACCCCAGAAAGUCGCAAUAUCUUUGGGCAGCUUUCAGGUGCUGCUGGUAUAUGGGAAGCAAUUGUACGUUCUUACGAGAAAGAUCAUAUUUUUCUUGGUGAGGCUGCUCAGAUAAUGGUUCAAAAUGUCAAUUAUGAAAUCCCCUACCACAAGAAACAGAUUCAGAAGGUUCAAAAUCAACUAUCUGAGCUGGAGCGCAAAGAGGCUGAUAUAAAAAGACUUGCAGCUCUUUCAGCUGCUAAAUUUAUCGAGGCUUGUCAGGAGCUAGGGUUGCAGGGACUAAAUGUGAGGUCAGAGUUGUUAGAGACCGCAACAAGGACACUUCCGAGCACUUUCAGCAGAAUUUUGGAAGUUCUGAAUGGUGAUUCUGUCUCCCAAGCUAUUGAUUAUUAUUCAAACUUUGUUAAGGAAGCUCACAUAGAAAAGAAUAAGACACCAUGUGCUGUACUACAAAAUUUGAGGGGUGCUCGAGAGAAAUCACCAUCCCUUAAUGUAUUUGUCAGCUCAGAGAUACAUGAUGCUGAAACUGUGCAAACCAGUCACUAUGGGGUAAGUCACGCUAUUGCCGACGCAGACAGCGCAGCAGAUGGCAUUGAUUGGGAUAUCACCCUAGACAGCUCCCAGAUUGAUUGGGACAUUGGUACUACUGUAGAAGAAACAGAGGAAAAUGGUAAUGGAUUUGGUCCUUAUGAGAUUGUUAAUGCCAUUGAUACUGAGGCCCCUGUUUCAGAAAUAUCUUGGGAUAUUAAUGUGGACAAUCCCCAAGUAGAUGUGGCUACAGAAGUUAACUUGUUGAAUUCCUUAUUGCACGUGAAUGCUUCAACUGACGCCUACAUCACUGGUAGUGAAAGGAGUCCUCUUCUGGAAACGGAAUAUAGGAAUGGGAUUCUUGAUGAUUUAUUUGAGGUCAAAGCAUUUCUGAAUCAACGGUUGAUAGAGUUAACAAAUGAAGAAACUCUUUCUUUGCAACAUCAAGUACAGGCAUUUGCACCUUUUGUGCUGCAACAGUUUACUUCUGAUUCAAUUCAAAUGAUGCUAUCUGAUAUUUCCUCAGCUAUAUCUUUGCUGACAAAUAGGAAAACUCGAGACAUGAUCAUGAUCCUCAACUCCAAAAGAUUUCUUGAACGCAUGGUAAAUACAUUGGAGGAAAAGAAGUGGCAUGAAGUUAAGCUAAAGGAGGGAUUGAAGGACUUGGCUUCUAAACACAUGGAACUGCAGAAUUCUUUAUCUUCAUCCUGGCCAAAACAAGAUGCGGUUAUUGUGAGAACCAGGAAGUUGAAGGAGCUUUGUGAGAAGACAAUUUCAUCCAUGUUUGAUGGGCGGCCUGUCAAUAUAAUCGGAGAGAUUAAUACAUUGCUGACAAGUAUCUGAUUUCCACACACCAGUUCAUAGAUUUUGUGGUAAUUUUGGUGGUAGCUGAUAUACGUUAAAGAUAACUGAGACAAUUUAACAGCAACUUUACCACAAGCUAGUGUACAAAUUCAUUGGUAGAAACUGAAAUUUCCAGACUAGCUUGAUAAAUCCUGAAUAAAUUUGUUAUACUGGUAACUCCUACGGAGUAUAAUAAAACACUUGAAUAAAAUGCAUAGAACAUCUUCUUUGGCAUCGGUUCAACGGGCUGGAC